CCAUCCACUGCGAGAUCCAAAGGACACCGUCGUCUCCUCGCGGCACCAGGGUCCAGGCACCAAUAGCUACCUACUCCUACAAAUCAGCUGCAAAAUGCACCGAAAAGUGCUGUGCAGACUGCAGAGCGUAACCCUGAGCUCAAAGAGAGUGUGCGUUUAACCUGCCUCCAGGUCGCACUAAAAAAAGCGGAAGAGAAAAGAGGAGACAGGGCCUUGUGGAUAAGACCGACGGCACAUGACUUCACCAAUCCCCACCCGCAGAGACACGUCGCUUUAAUUAGCGCUCAUCCAUCAGCCCCCCGACCCUCUCGCCUCGCAACGUAACAAGUGUCCUUUCUUCGUCUUCCUCCUCCCUCCUCUCCCAUCCACUCUCCACUCUCCUCCCCCCAACUCCCUCGCCACUGCGGAGCUUCGGCGGUUCGGCUCGAGCAGAAGAAAAUGCAACGGGCAGUGCAAGCCAUCAGGUCACAUGGAAGUGUGCUUAAAUAUGCUGUUCUCCAGCAUGUCAGCGCUCCCAAACCAGCCAUGCUUCCUGCUGCAUUUUCUCGCUUCAUGUCAGUUUCAUCUGCUCGCCUAGAGGAUCGUGGAUUUGAAACUGCAACUGUAGCAGAUGUCUUGAAGUCCAAAGGAAAGAGUGCUGAUGGAUCUUGGCUCUGGUGCACCACAGAGGACAAUGUCUAUGAAGCUGUCAAAUCGAUGACGCAUCACAACGUGGGAGCUCUGGUGGUGGUCAAACCUGGACAGGAUAAAGCAAUUGCUGGCAUUAUCACUGAGAGAGAUUAUCUCCGGAAAAUCAUAGUGCAGGGACGAUCUUCCAAGUCAACUAAGGUUGGAGACAUCAUGACCGAAGAGAACAAACUGAUCACCGUGAAGCCCGACACCAAGGUCCUGCAAGCGAUGCAGCUGAUGACAGAGAACCGCAUCAGACACAUCCCGGUGAUCGACGGCACGGGGAUGGUGGGGAUGGUCUCCAUCGGCGACGUCGUCCGCGCGGUGGUCAACGAGCACAGGGAGGAGCUGAACCGGCUCAACGCCUACAUCCAGGGAGGCUACUAGGACAACACGUCCCUCCCAGCGAUGUCCGCCUUUGAUAUCCAAUAACUCGGACCAGUGAUGAUGACGAAAUAGGCCGUGUGUUCGUGGACGAUGCUGUUGAAUUGUGCAAGGUGUUUCUUUUUUUCCCUCCGCGUGUUCUAUGUGUAUAUUGCCAUUUUGCCAAAGCCGCGCGUGACAGUGCGCCUGGUGCUGGGGCGCAGAGACUAUCUGAUGGUGGAGACACCGGAAAUAAAAAGCGUGCCGCCGUGUGCUUCCUUUGCAGGAUGUUCGUUUCA